UCUGCAAAUCACCUCUGUGGCGCGACUUCGUACCAACGACACGACGCACUCCCCGAGAUGUAGCCUCCAUGCAACAACUCUCACUUUUGUUUUUGCUUCGUCUUCAUCACCUUCAGAUUCACAGCCUGCCCCUGAUCUUCCUCUUGUCUUCCUCCUCAUUCCUCCUCCCAUGGACCCUUGCCCUUCCUAGCCCUCCUAUUUUCCUUUCCUUCUCCACCCAUGAUCGUUCCUAGAUCGCAGUCUCACGCUCCUCCUCCAAUCCUUCUCUCUCUUGCCCACCAAGCUCCUCAUGGUGAGAGACUCGACGAAGCCUUCUCAAUCCCCCGCUCCCCGCGGUCUCGUCGCCGGGAAUUACUGCCACGACGUCCUCUUCCGAGACGGCACCGCCGAGGCUGAGUCCCUCGGAGGCGCCGUCUCCUUCAUCUCCGCCGUGCUCGACGGCCUCUCGAUUGCCUUCGACUCGGUGUCGAAAGUGGGUCCAGAUUUUAAGUACUCGACGGCGCGCUGCCCAAUCGCGGCACCCAAUCGCAAGACCACUCUCUUCCAUGCGUACUUCGAUUCGGGCUCGGGUGAGAACGGGCAUGUGGACCGUGUCCUAAAACGGGUCAGCUCUUGCGACCCGAUCGCACCUUCGGAUAUCCCCGAAGCAAAAUUUAAUUUUGGGAUGGCUGUUGGGGUUGGGGGCGAGAUAUUGGUGGAGACGCUCGAGAAACUGAUUGAGAUGUGUAACGUGGUGUUUGUAGAUAUUCAGGCCCUGAUUCGGAUCUUUGAUGGUGUUGAUGGAACAGUGAGGCUUGUGGAGUUGAAAGAGAGUGGCUUUUAUCACCUCUUGCCUCGAAUUGGGUUCAUAAAGGCAUCGUCCGAAGAAGCGGCUUAUAUGGACGUGGAGGAGGUGAGGAAGUGGUGCUGCGUUGUGGUCACAAAUGGGAAGGAUGGGUGUACUUUGUACUGGAAAGAUGGGGAGAUGAAGAUUGAACCCUUUGUCGCUAGUCAGGUUGAUCCAACAGGUGCUGGUGAUAGCUUUUUGGGUGGGUUAGUUGCCGGGCUUGUGCAGGGAUUGACUGUUCCUGAUGCUGCUCUUUUGGGGAAUUUCUUUGGUUCUCUUACAGUUGGGCAAGUUGGGCUUCCCAAAUUUGAGUUGAGACUCUUGCAGGAUGUCAAGGAUGAAGUAGAAAGGCGGAAGAUGCAAUGCAUGCAUUGUCUCAAUGGAAUAAAUGAUGAGCCGAAGUUUCUGAAGCCGGCAAGACAUGAUGAGUUCCAUGCAUCCCUUAGUGCAUUGAAACUUCAAUCCAAGUACCCGAUCCACGAUCGACCGAGGGAGCAGUCGAGUCCUGACAAAGGAACCGAACAUCCCAGUUCGACAUCUCCAACUAAUUUAGUUGAAAUUAACGGGGCUAAAAAAAGAGCCAUUUCUUUUUGAACAGGUGCUAUGAGUCCUAUUUAGUCUGAGAUAGCAAUGAGGCCUCCGAUAGACUUACGAGCCGCAACUGUAUAUUUCCUCGAUAUGGUUGUCAACAUUGUUCUGAUUGAGAGCCGCUCAUUGUCUCGGUUGUCAUGCAAAGUUGUUUUGGGAUA